CUUUUGUACGAGACUUGAGAGUCAAAAUGGCUGCGCCCUUGGUUGGAAAAACGUUUCUGAGGACUUUCUUUGUUCUAUCAAGAAGAUCUUUACACUUACAACAGGCAACAGUAUGUACCGGUAGUAGAGCCUACAGUGAAGGAGGUGGACUUCUGUCCAGUCUGUUUGGAGGUUCAGGUGACAAGGAGCUGGCAGCAGCUGAACAGGAGACCCAAGACUUGCUGGCACAGAGACCCACACGAAAGUCCAGAGCAUACCAGCCACCACCAGACCUACAGCAGAGACUAGAAGGCAUGGCAGCAGAGAUCAGGGGAGGACCAACAGAUAAAUGGAGGAACGUCAGUGUUGAAAACAUCAGCACCAAAUUCCAGGUUUUGUCAAGGUGCUACAAGGAGUUUGGACAUGAAGUUCCAAGUAAUGAGCUGGCAAAUAUGAAAACCUUCCAAGAUGUGCUGGACUUUUACAAGACAGCUGUAGUAGACGCUGAUGUUUACAAUCAGCUGAUUGAAAAAGACCUUCCUCCAAACGUCAAUAUCCAAUGGGAUGCCUAUGAUCAUUUGGUAAAGAAGAAUUCAUAGCUGAAGGAAGGGAUCUAUACAGAAAUAUUUUCUUGUAUAGAAAAAAGCAGUGCUUUGUGGUAAACAUUUUUUUGUUUAGCUAUACAUUGUUUCUGUAAUCAACUAGAAAAAAUAUAAAGAUUAUUGUCUGAAUAAAGAUCAUCAGAAUUCU